GUAAAGAAAGUCGCAUUUCUCUGUAAUGAAAUGCCCGAUUGUGGGUUUAAGUGUUCCUGGUUUGCGUUACCAUAGAAACAGAGAGGGCGGUCUCAGAGUCCGUUCCCUGCGAUAAAGUUUGGAAAACGAGUUCAAGUUGACAAACGUAUUUUUGAACACUACAAAGAGCAAUAAACUGCAGGAGCUGGAUUCACAGACAAAAUCAAUCCGGGCGGACAUUGUGAAAAGACGUUCAUGUGCGCGUGAACAGCAGAUCGAUCGGUGUGAUGGCUGACGGAUUCUCGCGCGACUGCAGCUCUUUCCUGUUUGAGAUGCAGAAGAAACGCCGUGAAGAGGAAGAGCUUAAAACAAAGACCGAGCAGCGCAGUCAGAUAUUGGAGAGCUUGCAACAGCGUACACAUGAUUUGCAAGUGGAGAUUAAGAAAGGGAGAGAUUUGCGCUUAAGUUUUGAUACGUUUCUGAAGGUAGAAGAUGUUGAUCGAGCUGCUGCAAAAGCAGAGAAGGAGAGGAAAGAGGUGCUUCAGCUGGAUGCAGAGAUAGAGAGGCUAAGGCUGGUGUACGCUGAGCUGAUGGAGAGGAAACAGGAGCAACAGCGUCGGAUACAAAGACACAGUGUAUAUUGGGACUUAAUGGUGCGGGUGGUCAGGAUGACUAAGUUUGAUGAUGUGCAGGAGCUCACGGGUCAUAUAGAGAGUCUUCUCCACUUCGAAGACCAUUUCUGUAAGAGGGAGAAUAAGGCGCAUGAGCAGGUCGACCAGCUAAAAAAAACACUACUGACACUGGAGGACAAUCAUCGUUUGCGGCGGCUGCAGAAGAACAACCAGCUGUCCCAGCUCCAGACCGAGAUAGAGAAGACGCGCUUUGAAGCUCUCUCAUGGGACAGGAAGUGGAACCACAUUCAGGAGACAGCAGCAAAGAAAACCCUCUUGCUGGGACGGAUUAAGAUGGCGACCCUUAACCUCUAUGAAAUGACUGAUGACACAGUAGAAGAAGGCUAUAUGAAUGACACAGAGAUACAGCUUGAUAAGGUCCAGAUGUUCAUCCAGGAACAUGAGAGCAUAAUGAAACAACAUCAAACUCAAUCACAGAAACAUGAUGGACGGUACAAAAAACACGUCAAAGUCCAAAAGGCACAUUUCAACUAGCGCAUCGCCGGGUACUUCUUCUGCUUCAAUGUCUAGCUCCUCUUCUCACAAAUGAAUAAUAACUGUGGACAUGUGCCCACUCCGAACAUACAGUACCAUAAUGCCCCCCUGUGGCCAUGAGAGAACACGGCAACUUCCUCACCCAACAAAUCAACAAGUCAAUCCCCAGUGGUUCUCCAACUAUUUCUUUCAAGCUCCCCUUUGAUGAUUUAGGAACAUUGACAGACCCGCCCCUGAGUCAUACCUUCUUUGUUUGGAAAUAAUUGCAUUAGGAUGUAUAAACCUUAUAAAAUAUCAUUUUUUCUUUCUAUGAACACAUAUUUACAACAUAUUUGCAAUUGUAUUUAUUAUUAUUUUAUUAUUAUUAUGUACACCACCUUUGGGGGCGCGCCCCCCAGUUUGGGAACCAUUACUUUACCUUAUUAUAUCUGUUUUCGAUUUAAAGUUAAGAGCUAUGCUGGAGAUUUGCCCAGGUCAUUGAUAUCAAUGUCUACAAGAAUUACAAAGUUUAAACAACUUAGAAAGGAAAAUAAAUUCAAACAUUUUUGAGUAGUUUGAUAUUGUCUGCUGCACCAAGACAUCUGUCAAAAUGUUUAUCUCAAGAAAUAGAAAACUAUUUUUUUAUCAUGUGUUCUUCAUACAAAUCAUAAAUUCUAUUUUAAAUCAGGAAGUACUUUAUUAAUAACAACACAUAUAUCACACACAUAUGGAAUAUAAACUCAUGUUUUUUCUUUUUCAUGAAAGAUGAAAGCUAUGGUGUUUCACUUUGUGGCACCAGAGUGAGACACUU